CAGCAAGGCGAGGGUUACGACUCUGUUCGUCAGACCCAAGGUCAAAGCACCGAUAUGGGAGGAGGUUACGGAGCACAUGGUAGCGGGGUCGCUGGUGGAUACGAAGGGAAUACUCAGGGCCAAAGUGGCGGCAUCCAGGGCCAGAGCCAGAACACGAGUCAGGGCCAGAGCCAGGGUCAGGGUCAAGGUCAAGGUCAGGGCCAGGAAAAGGCGGACUGGCUUGACAAGGGUAUCACCAUGGUCGGAAAGAAGUUUGGCAUGAACGUCAGCGAACAGAAUGCCGACAAAGCUGGAGAUUUCGCUAACAAGGAAGCCAAACAAUACGGAGGUCGCAACCUGCCCGGCGUGCAGUAAACUUUAUAAUCAAUGAAGAUCACGCACAUGUAUCUCUAGACUCACCGGAAUCAUUGUAUCAUAGCAGCCGUAGUUUCUUAGCAGUCAAUCAUUGGAAGAUUUGAUAUCUACUGAACUGCCGG